AGUCAUUCUGAGGAGGAACAGGAAUCUAUUUGGGCGCAGAGGCAGACAUGUGUGGAAUUUUUGCCUACCUGAAUUACCAUGUGCCACGGACUCGCCGUGAGAUCCUGGAGAUCCUCCUCAAAGGGCUGCGGCGUCUGGAGUACCGUGGCUACGACUCCGCCGGUGUGGGCAUUGAUGGGGGGAACAGUAAGGAAUGGGAGACCAAUGCCAAAUCUAUCCACUUGAUCAAACAACGGGGGAAAGUGAAGGCCCUGGAUGAGGAGAUCCACAAGCAGCAGGAUAUCGACCUGGAGGUGGAGUUCGAUGUUCACCUGGGUAUCGCCCACACCCGCUGGGCCACUCACGGUGUCCCCAGCCCUGUCAACAGCCACCCACAGAGAUCAGACAAGAACAACGAGUUCAUUGUCAUUCACAAUGGAAUCAUCACCAACUACAAAGACCUGAGGAAGUUCUUGGAGAGCAAAGGCUAUGAGUUUGAGUCAGAGACCGACACGGAGACGAUCGCCAAGCUGGUCAAGUACAUGUACGACAACCGGGAGAACGAUGACAUCAGCUUUGCUACUCUGGUGGAAAGGGUCACCCAGCAGCUGGAAGGAGCCUUUGCCCUGGUUUUCAAGAGCGUUCACUACCCAGGAGAGGCUGUAGGCACCAGGAGAGGGGGUCCCUUGCUCAUUGGCGUACGAAGUGACCAUAAGCUGUCGACGGACCACAUUCCUGUCCUGUACCGCUCAUCUGGCAAGGACAAGAAGGGCUGCAGCAGCCUGCCCCGAGUGGACCAGGACACCUGCCUCUUCCCCGUGGACGAGAAGGCUGUGGAGUACUACUUUGCGUCCGAUGCCAGCGCUGUGAUCGAACACACCAACCGCGUCAUCUUCCUGGAGGACGACGACGUGGCGGCGGUGAUGGACGGCCGUCUGUCCAUCCACCGCAUCAAGCGCACGGCCGGAGACCACCCCGCCCGUGCCAUUCAGACCCUGCAGAUGGAGCUGCAGCAGAUCAUGAAGGGAAACUACAGCUCCUUCAUGCAGAAGGAAAUCUUUGAGCAGCCAGAGUCUGUGGUCAACACCAUGAGGGGGAGGGUCAACUUUGAUGACAACACCGUGACGCUGGGCGGCCUGAAGGAUCACAUCAAGGAGAUCCAGAGGUGCCGUAGGCUCAUCCUCAUCGCCUGUGGGACCAGCUACCACGCUGGGGUGGCGACUCGGCAGGUGCUGGAGGAGCUGACCGAGCUGCCUGUCAUGGUGGAGCUCGCCAGCGACUUCCUGGACAGGAACACGCCCGUUUUCCGAGAUGACGUUUGCUUCUUCAUCAGCCAGUCGGGCGAGACUGCGGACAGCCUCAUGGCCCUGCGUUACUGCAAGGAGAGGGGCGCCCUGACCGUGGGCAUCACCAACACUGUAGGCAGCUCCAUCUCCAGGGAGACAGACUGCGGCGUGCACAUCAACGCGGGGCCUGAGAUCGGAGUGGCCAGCACCAAGGCCUACACCAGUCAGUUUGUGGCUCUGAUCAUGUUCGCCCUGCUCAUGUGUGAUGACAGGAUCUCCAUGCAGCCGCGACGGCGAGAGAUUAUCCAGGGUCUGAAAGUACUGCCAGAUCUGAUCAAGGAGGUGCUGAGCCUGGACGAUGAGAUCCAGAGGCUGGCGGCAGAGCUGUACCAGCAGAAGAGUGUGCUUAUUAUGGGCCGAGGGUACCACUACGCCACCUGUCUGGAGGGAGCCCUGAAAAUCAAAGAGAUCACAUACAUGCACUCGGAGGGCAUCCUCGCCGGGGAGCUGAAGCACGGCCCGCUGGCUCUGGUGGACAAGCUGAUGCCUGUCAUCAUGAUCAUUAUGAGGGAUCACACCUACGUCAAGUGCCAAAACGCUCUGCAGCAGGUGGUGGCCCGGCAGGGCCGGCCCAUUGUGAUCUGUGACAAGGACGACUACGAGACGAUCAAGAACUCGAGCCGCACGAUCAAGGUGCCGCACUGCGUGGACUGCCUGCAGGGCAUCCUAAGUGUCAUCCCUCUGCAGCUGCUCUCCUUCCACCUGGCCGUGCUGAGGGGCUACGAUGUGGACUGUCCAAGGAACCUGGCCAAGUCUGUGACGGUGGAGUGAAGCCGCGCUCUCAAUCCCACGCCUUUUCAACUGACAUAUCUGCAGCUCUGCCCCAGGCAGCUGCACACAUGCAAAUAUCACGAGCGAGAGAAAACAACACGAUUUCAACACUUAUUUUUCCGUUUUAUAAGCGUCUUGUACCAUGGCCAUUUUUAAUGCAGUUCUUACUUUCUUACUCUAUCCAGUCAUAUACUGUAGUCUUUCCUGUUUCCUCCCAAAACUUGUAAGUGAAGGCAUUGUUGUAUUUUUGUUAGUAUUGUUGUUGUUGUUUAUGUCAAGGUGGCAAGGUAUGGGUGGGCACUGGCAUUGGCUUGUUCUCAUGGGGUCACUCAGCUCACAACAGUUUGCCACAGAGUUUAAGAAAUCAGUCAUUUUUAUACAUCAUGACCCUGUUAAAUGAUGCAGAAGUGGGUCGAAAGGGUGCGUUUUACUCUGCCCGCUGAUUGACCCCUGCAAUGCUGGAAGCCCGCUCGCUAGCAUUGCAGUUUCUUCUGCUUUUCAGUAGCUGUGUAAUAGAAGCCUUAUGUGGAAACUUGAUUCAAGCUGUAUCUUCUGUUUGGUGCCUCAGUUGUGUAGCAGUUUGGUCUGAGACACCUUUCAGGUAGUGAAGGAUCUGUCUGACUUUUAUCUUAAUAGCAGUAGUUGAAAGAAAUCAGUCUCUUGUUUCAUUGCUUUGUAUGUUGAGCCAAGUUUGGAUACGUUCAGAGUUGUAGUUCUCUGGCUGUGGACAUUGUCCCAGGUCAAUAUUAACACCAGGAAACGUGUCUCUUGACUCUACAAACACAUUUUUCCCACUGCAGGAUAAAGAUUUAUAAUUUUUCUGCUCUCUGGUACUCUGUCAAGUGUUAAGUAGCUAAAUACCUAGGUCAUCAGUUUUUCAAAUGCAGAUCAUAAUCUCAAUUUCUUGAGGACUGAAUGAAGACGGUGUGAGCACAGAUGUGGUUCUAAAAUGUUUGCUUUAUAACUGUGAGAUUUAGAUCUGUUUUAGAGGAAUUGUAUAAUGUCAGAGUGUGCUAAGGUUUUGUUUUAUACAUAUAUUUAUGUAUACAGAAGCACAACAUUGAAAUCAUCAGCUUGUCAAGAGGCUGUUUGUGGUCUGAGUUUCUAAUUCAAGAAAAAUUCCCCUGCAUUAGCAGUUGUCAGAUGUAUUGAUAUUGCAGUAUACUCUUCACAGCUGGAGUCUUAGAAGUGAAUUGUUACUGAGGUUUUUCCUGUAUUCAGGAAAGGCUCAUGGUAUCUGGAAGGGAAGAAAUCUUAUUAUCCCAUUCAUUCAGUAAUACCUCUGCACAGAACUACGUCUGGUGCCUGAUCAUAGCAGUUGACUCAUCUUGCAGAAAAUGGCCCAUUGGCACGCUAGGCAAAGGACUCCAAUGAAGUCAAGAGUGGAAGGGGUUGAGGGUGGGGAGAGAGGGGUGGUGGGGGAGGUUACAUGGUUUUUCUUAUUGUGUUUAUCGUUCUUGUCGCGGGAACAGUCUACCUGCUUUAAUGUUACACCUUUUUUUUGUGCAAUCAUUAUGUGUUCAAUGUUACAUUGCCUUGUUGCAGAGGCGGCCCCAGUUCUGGGUUGGGGCCCUUCAGUGUACAGUAAAACUGGAAGUGGAAAUGAAGUACCUUUAUGCUAUUGGCUGGAGCACAGAGAGCACAUGUGUGAACGCGGCCCAUACCUUGCCAUCCCAUUCUUUUUUUUUAUUAUUAUUCAUGUAAUCACGGGACCAUUGCUUUACUUCUUUGUCUUCUGUAUCUGUUUUCUUUAUUUUGUUUUUUGGGAUGGAGGGCUGUGGUAGUGGUGACAGUGGACUGUGUUUUAUUACGAUUGUGCUUUCCCCGUACGCAGUCACCUGAUGUAGCGAAGGACGGACUGGGUGAAAACCAAAAAUUAGGACACUUGCCUGAAAUCAGUCUGUUUACCACCCAAAGGUGGAUUUUUGAAAUGGAGAUGAAGCUGCCAGGG